UGCAAUUGCGGUCGAAUUUCAGAAAAAGUCGAAUUCCGGAACGUUUUCGCCUCAAAAAAUCAAUUCGCCUAUGCAGUACAGUACUUUUUCGCAAAAAAACGGACAUUCAGAAUUCGACUUUUGUCAAUUCGACUUUUUUCGCAUUCGACUUUUCUGCAAUGGUACAGAUGCUGCAAUUCGCCCCAAGCAUAUUCAAUUCAAGUUUGGAAAUUCGCCUGCAGUACUUUUCGACCGCAAAUUCGCCUAUUUCAGUCCGCCUCAGUUGACUGGCGGGUUCUCAAAAAAAAUUUUUAGAACAUCAUUUUUUGGGAUAUUUGAGGAUUGCUAGUAGCAUAUCUAUUUAUAUUUGAAAGGAUUAUCUACUUGGUUUGUCUUUUUUUGCUUCACAAGUAUUAUUUAAUUGAUUUUUUAAAGGAAUAUUUUUUUCUUCAAUCUCCUGAGGGAAUUUUACCCAUGAUUCCACAGUUUUACCCAGGAUACACUUCUGCAAAGCCCCUCCUAUCUCCUCACUCCUGGGUUUGAGACUACAGGGAGAAGGAGCCAUUUUACAGUCAGCUCUGUGGAAUCGUUUUUUUAGGAAAAUCCCUGCGUUUUAAAACACAUUCCUAUUUUUGUACUGACUACAAUGAUGGAGCCUUUUUCUGACCAGAUUGUGUUGUUCAUGCUGGCUGCAAGUAUGAUGGAGGAAGAAAGUGCUGAUGAACAUCAGGAUCCAGGUCAGCAAAUGUCUGCAUUGGGUGAGCCAGUAUUGCGGGUUUCAUUUCCACGUCCACGCCAGUAUCGCACUAGGCGUGAACUGGAGGAUCUCAGCGAGUUCGAGGUGAUACAAAAUUAUCGCUUAUCGACUCGCGACAUAUAUUCGCUGUACGCUCUGUUGGAGGCCGACUUGGAACCUCGGGCACGGUCAAAUCGUGCAAUCAGCGGUUUUCAGAAACUGCUGGGGACAUUACAUUUUUUGGCGUCGGGCACAUUCCAGCCUACACUGUCUCAAACAUGCGGUUUUUCUCAGUCGACACUGUCGCGCUGUAUAACCCAAGUCAUUAGGGCUUUCCGCAAAUUGACGAUCCAGUACAUCACAUUUCCAGAGACGGACAGCGAAUGUCGUGAGAUCAAAUUAGGCUUUUUCAACAAAUACAAAUUUCCCAAUGUGCUGGGCGCGAUUGACUGUACCCACGUGCAGAUCAGACCGCCACGGAAUUCAGAGGAAUGUUUUCGGAACCGAAAACAGUUCCAUUCCCUGAACGUGCAGGCGGUCUGUGAUGUAAACAUGAGAUUUUUGAACAUUUUUGUGGGAUUUCCUGGAUCAUCUCACGACUCCUUCAUCCUAAGCCAGUCAUCGCUGUUUGACAAGUUCGAAACAGGAAACAUGCCUGGUGGCUGGCUGUUAGGCGAUGCGGGUUAUCCAAACAAACCGUGGCUGUUGACCCCAUUGUCUAAUCCUGUUGGUAGAGCAGAAAAACGUUACCAAGAGACACACAUUGCAUCGAGGGGAGUAAUUGAGCGUGCCUUCGGUGUACUUAAAAGCCGGUUUCGAUGUUUAGACACUUCCGGCGGUGCUCUUUUGUACUCACCGUCGAAGGUUUGCGGCAUGGUAAAUGCAUGUUGUAUUUUACACAACAUAUGUGUCGCAAACCGUUUGCCGGUGACUCUUCGUCGUAGUGCUUUCCUACGCGGGAACCGGUCUUCUGCUCUACCGGUGGGUAUGGGCGAAGGAGAGGAUUCCCGGCGGACAGUGAUACAAAAUUUUUUUGCAGUUACCUAGUUUUACAUCCUGUUGAUGUGUAUCCCCAGGCCGUGUUUAUACAGUUUGUUCCCCCCUGUUUUAUCCUGUUUGGUUACCGCAAAUAUUUGACCCUUUUAUCCAACUCUACCAUGGGCGACCUACUGGUGAUGUGGACCUGACCCUCCGCCAUGUAGCAGACAACCCCCUCAGGUGAGAUGGAUUGCCCAGAACUCCCUUUGUCCAAAAUCACCCCGGCAUGUCCAAAGUGCAGCACUCCGGCAUUUGCAAGACUGCACAUCCAAACAUUCCCUCCUGAUACACCAAUGCUGGUCAGGGAAUGUUUGGAUGUGUAGUGAUGCAAGUGCAGGAGGGUUGCAUUUGGGCCGCUGCAACCCGCUUGUGUUGUGUGGACUGUUGUAUGUACCUCUUUUUCCAGCCCCAGGGUGACACUAUCACCCAUAUCUGGAAGCUCAAACUGUUCUCUUCCACAGGUCCUGCGAUGUAUCUUCCCAAGUGGCGUGGAUGUGAAGAGACACGCCAUUUCACCCGAUGUUCCAUGGGCGACCUACUGGUGAUGUGGACCUGAACCUCCGCCAUGUAGCAGACAACCCCCUCAGGUGAGAUGGAUUGCCCAGAACUCCCUUUGUCCAAAAUCACCCCGGCA